AUGAACAGCGUGAACAACGAGGAUGAAUCACAUCACCUUGUAAGAACAGCUUUCGGAGAUGAAGGCGAGGAUAGUCACAAUACCACUUCCGAUGCAGACCACCAGGGGCCUUCAACCACGAGACCCAUUCCAUCUCCAAUUCUGCAACCCUCUCAUGGAAGCAAGUGGAACCAAUUGCGCCAAGACUACAACGAUCAAUACCUCGAGAUAUUCAAGCUCCAGUUGGACCCGUCCAAGGGCGAGAUUUCGACCCCUGAUUUACCCCCAACACAGCUAGGCGCGGUCUGGUGGCGACCGUCUGAAAAGGACAGGUUAUAUCAGGCCCUUGAACGGAGAGGACGCCUGGAUGUGGAAGCAAUCGCACUACUCGUGAGAACCAAAUCAGAGGUUGAGGUCAAUUCAUAUCUCAGCUGGCUCAGGCAGGAAGAAACAGACCGACAGUUGUUUGAAACCCAGACCAAGAACAUCUCGCACAUCGAUAUCCCUGCUGCCAUUGAGAUCGGCAGUGGGUGUGAGGCGGUGCUUGACAAAGCGGCUGCGGCCCUUUCAGCAUUUCAAGAACAAUUCGACUUUGCAGCAGGCCAACGUAACCAUGGAGUCUGGCUCAUCGAUCCCCAGACUGCUUCAGAACUUGACAAAGCAGCUGACGAAGCUGAGCUUUCCAGUGACCUAUCAGAGGGCGACGGCGGUGGAGAUUUUCAACCAGAUGCUGGUAGAACUCGAUUGUUCUAUACAUCGACAUUCCUGAAACUCAGUGAGAGAUUUUACAUGAAUCAGGGUUCUGGCGAAACUUGGCACGAACUUGGAGAAAACAAUGAGCGGCCGGCUUUGACUAUGGACGUACUCAUAGACUUCUAUGAGAUGAUUGUCAGCUACCUAAGGAGGCUAGUUCAGUCCAUCAUCUUCAUUGCGAAAUCAAGAAUUCGGUCAACGAGUACCAUAUCAUACAGCACUCUCCACACUGUGAGGCAGGAAGACGUGGUUGCCGCUCUCGAUAUACUGAACAUAAACGAUCAUCUGUGGGAGUACUGGAUCCACAUGGCCAGGAGAAAUAAGCUACUUGUUGUGCACAAGAACGUGAAGCGUUUCAACCCAGAUGCCGUGAUGGACUACGACAAAGUUGAAGAAAUUUUAUCUGAAAGAAAGCGUAGCCGAUCGCUAUCUGCCAUGUCCGGAUUGUCAGACGAGUGCGCGCAAAGCGACGGCUCACUUGCAGAGAGCGGUGACGGGGACGAGGAUGCUGUUCUUCCUGAAGACGAGGCUGACGUCUCUGAGCCUGGAAUGGAGUUAGGCCGUGCAUCUUCAACGGACGAAGGCAUGGUCGAUGAUAAUGAAGGCGAUGAAUUCAUGUCACUCGGUAGUGAGGAUGGGAGCCACAACAUCCGUUCAGGGAACUCUCCUGCUAAACAAAUGCCUUCCUCAAAGCGAAAACGAGCACUUGCGAUUGAAGCCGAAACCGAUGAGUACAUGGAGAAGCUCGACCAGAUGGCUAGAGUACAAGAGGAAUCUCGGCUGCUUCACCUCCUUGGUGUCGAGUCUGAAAAAGCCAUGGAAGAAGAGGAAAUCGAAAUUCCCCGCAAGCGACCACGAGUAAUGAGGAAGACUGUCGCAGAGACGAAAGGGUGGUCAGCAGCCUACCAAUCGGAAUGGGAACUUCAUAAGGAGCCUGUCCACUUUAACAACCCCCAGAUACCAGCUGGCGGGCGCAACGAAGCCGAUCUUGAGUAA